GUGCAGGCGGGCGGGCAGCUGCGGCGGGGGUGGGGGUAGAGCCAGGUGCGAGGGGAGCAGAGGGGAGCCCGGCCCGGCGGAGCCGAUCCCUGCCCGCGCCCCGGCCCCCGCCUCCGCCAGCGCCGGAGGGAAAAUGGAGGCGUCGAGCGGGCGCUGAGAGGGGCCGGGGCUAGGGCCAGGCCGCGGCCGCCCCGCCCCGCCCCGCCCGGCCUGGCCCGGCCCGGCCCCGGCGUGCGGGCAGGGGCAGGGGGAUCGGGAUGGCGAUGGGGCUGGGGCAGGGGCGGGCGCUGGGCCCGGCGGCCCGCUAGCCCCGCCGCAUGGACUGCGCCGUCCGCCCGGCCCCGCGCGCCCGGCCCCCGCCCGCCCAUGGCGCCGCCGGGCGGUGGCGGUAGCGGUAGCGGCGGGGGCCCGGAGCCGCAGCGGGCCGGGGCCGGGCCCGGGGCCGGGCGCUGAGGCCGCCCCACCAUGAGCAUGCGGUCCACCGUGUUCAAGGCGGCGGCGGCGCUGAGCGCGGAGCGGCCGGACUACGAGCGGCCGGCGCUGGCGCUGGAGCCGGGCCCCGCCGACGCGGACGAGGAGCCGGAGGCCGAGGGCGCCCCCCCACCCGGCCGCAAGCCGAAGGAGCCUCCCCCGCCGCCGCCGCCGGGGGGGGCGCACAAGGCCCGCGGCGGCGGGAUCCCGGCGGCGGCGGGUGCGCCGGGGCAGGAGGAGAGCUGGGGCGGGCUGGUGCCGCUGCCCUGCCCGCCGGCCGGCAGCAAGCAGGCGGGCGUGGGGGAUGCCGGCAGCGGCCGGCCCAAGGCCCAGGCCGUGUUGCCCGGGCACAGCGCCUCGCAGGUGGCCGCCAAGGACAAGGGCUGCGCGGCUGCCCCCGCCCCGCCGGCCCCGGCCCCGGAGCCGGGCCCGCUGCUCCUGCUGCAGCCCCCGCCGCCGCCGCCCCCGGCAGCGCCCGCUGCCGCCGCCGCCUCGGACGGCAAGUGGAAGAGCAGUGCGCGGAAGAGCGCCAUGGGCGCCGGCGGGGGCUCGGGCCAGGCCGCCUGCCUCAAGCAGAUCCUCCUGCUCCAGCUCGACCUCAUCGAGCAGCAGCAGCAGCAGCUGCAGGCCAAGGAGAAGGAGAUCGAGGAGCUCAAGGCCGAGAGGGACACGCUCCUGGCUCGAAUUGAGCGCAUGGAAAGGAGGAUGCAGCUGGUGAAGAAAGAUAACGAGAGAGAGAAACACAGGAUUUUUCAAGGGUAUGAAACAGAAGAGAAGGCUGAGUCGGAAGCAUCUGACAGAUUACAGAUUGAGUGCCAGCAGGAUCUCCUGGAGACUUCCCAGACCCUGCCUCCCAAACACUUCUCGUAUGGAAGAAAUGGAAAGGGACAUAAAAGGAAGUCGGCAUUUGGAAGUGCAGAGAGGAAAACUCCAGUUAAAAAGCUGGUGACUGAAUUUUCAAAAGUCAAAAGCAAAACUUUGAAGCACUCUCCAAUGAAAGAGGAGUCAAGUAGCUCUUUACCUGAAACUGUUUGCAAACGUGAACUGAGGAGCCAAGAGACUCCAGAAAAAACCCGAUCUCUAGUGGACACUCCACUAAAACCAUCCACCCCCUUGCGAGGUCCCAGUGCCCAUCCCAAGGAUAAAAGUUUUUCCAGCGAUAUAGAAGAUCUGCCAUACCUCUCAACCACAGAAAUGUAUUUGUGUCGUUGGCAUCAGCCUCCCCCAUCACCAUUGCCGUUACGAGAGCCCUCCCCAAAGAAGGAGGAGACUGUAGCAAUUCCUUCUUGGAGGGACCAUGUUGUAGAGCCCUUGAGAGACCCAAACCCUUCAGAUCUCUUGGAGAAUCUAGAUGACAGUGUAUUUUCCAAAAGGCACGCAAAACUGGAGCUGGAUGAGAAGAGGAGGAAAAGAUGGGAUAUCCAGAGGAUCAGGGAACAAAGAAUUCUACAGCGACUGCAGCUCAGAAUGUAUAAAAGGAAAGGAAUUCAGGAAUCUGAGCCUGAAGUUACCUCAUUUUUCCCUGAGCCAGAUGAUGUGGAAAGCUUGCUGAUUACCCCCUACUUGCCUGUUGUAGCAUUUGGCCGACCAUUACCAAAACUAACCCCACAAAACUUUGAGCUGCCCUGGCUGGAUGAACGAAGCCGUUGUCGGCUGGAUACGCAAAAGAAGCAGACGCCUCACCGAACGUGCAGAAAAUAACUGCGUGGACAAGAGAGCUUUGCAUUGCAAUGGGUGUAGCAGGCCAUUUGUAACAAGUGGCCAGGAACUUUAUAUGUUGUUCAGUCACAUGACUCUUUGCCCUCAUGUAUAUUCUUGUUUGCUGAUUCCUACCCCCUAUGCCUCUCCUUCUGGUUUUUUUGUUUUGCUUUCAUUCUACAAAAAAACUCUUUACCUAGCUAAUUAACUGUGGCUUUAUUCUUUUAGUUUGUUUGUUCUCUCUUUCCUUGGUAGCAAGCUCUCAAGCUUUUACGCUGAAGCAGUAAGGCUGGAAGCUCAAGUGGCAUCUUUUUGCUGCUUGUGAAAGCUUUUUUUCUAGCUGCUGUGGCCACUACCGUUUUGUAAGAGGCCUUGUGAAGGUAGGUGAGCCUAAAAAACAAAACAGAAGGCCUGGCUUGACAGCUGGCCCACCUGUAAGUUCUCCUCAUGGUCAUUGCCUACCUGUUGGCUCAGCAAGUGGUGCCCAUUACUCCUGCAGCUGCCUUUUUUUUAUGACAUACAGCUUGGAAGCUUAAGGUUUUAGAGUGAAGGGAACUCAUAAGCCCAAAUCUUGCAUGGUGAGAACUUGCAGAUGGGGACCAACCUUAAGGUACAGCAGGCCAAGUUAGGCCAAUUCCCUUCACACUGUCACUCCAAAACAAAAACCAGUCUGAGGAAAGUUGGCUUGGUUGCAACUUCCUCUUGCCUGACAGAUCAGGCUUCUAUUAUUGUGCCUGUGUUGUGCGCUUUUUUUUUUUUUUUUUUGCUGCUGUUCUCUUUGUUUUGCGGGGAGGGGAGAGCAUAAAACCAACUUCAUUAAUGCCCAUUAAUCCUGAGGGAAGAUGGCAGAUCAUCAUAAACAACCUGUACCACUGCGACGGUGUGGCUGGACUAAGAACUGUGUCGCACUGCUGCCAUGAGACACACAGUUAGUUACCUUUGUCAAAAAUCGGUUAGCAUAUUCCUUAGUGAGACCCUCCUAGCUGGGUUACCAGUGUGAAAAUGCUUCUACAGACUUUUUUGCCAGCAAAUGUCAUUUUUUUUCUAUAUAAGAGGGUUGGGGCUGGGGGUUUGUAAGCCUUUUUUGUGAAAAUAGAAUUCUAUACGCACAAUUUCGGUUCAUUUUUAUUUAAAUGUUUAAGGACAGCGCUGCCUGGCAAUUUGUGUAUUUUGUAAGAAGCUUGGAUUGGCUAGAGACAACUAGAAUGGUGCCUAUGCUUUAGCUGUAGUGAUUCCCUUCCUUUAUGAAACCAGCCUUCGUUGCUGUUUUUUACACUAAUGGAUGAUGCCAAAAGCUCCUAGUCUGAGUAACUCUCUUACUGAAGUCCUGAUUUAUUACUGUUUGUUGUAAUUACAAAGACAGAGUUCUUUCAUGGCCUUUCAGGCUUCAAAGUGAACUAGAGUCCAUGUAGAUGGGGUGAGUGAGCAACGGAUUCUUUGGAUUUGAAAGACCAUGUUCCCCCUACUCUUUUGCUGCACUUACCUGUCUGAUUGAGAGUUGCAGUGGUACCUCUGCAGGGCGUGUGGCUGGGGGAAGGGUCCAGGGAGGAGUUUUAGUAUAAGGGUGAAAAUGUUAACUUUGUAUUGAAGAUGUUAGCAGGCCACAGAAGUUGACCCACUUGAAUGAUUCCUUUUGAGUGUUGUGUAAAGACAGUGAUCUUCUUUUUCCUGCUUGGCACAAACAACUUGAUAAACAAUAGAGAAACACAAAAGGCAUUGCUUUUUUUCUUCCCCCCACCUCCCCCAACCCCCCAUAUCUGGGGUAUCAUUAUGCAAUGUGGAAGAGAGGCUGAAUCUGUAACUUAACACAGUUGCGUUUUUAUACUGAAGUUGAGGCAGUCAUGGAGUCUGGAAGAGAGGCUAAAACACCUUUAGAGGGGAAAAUCUCUUGUGAGGUAUGGGCUCUGGUGCUACAGAGGUUGCAUAAAUAGGGCUAUACACUGCAUCCUUUUUUUUUUCCUUUUAAUAAGGCUGUUCUUGAGUGUCCUGCUUUUAGCAUGAUAGCAUGUGUCCUCAAUGGAUUCCUGUGCAAUUAGGAGCCAAAAUGUAAAACAGGCAAAUACUAGCUGGAGCCCUGCCCUGCCCUGUGUGCUGCCCCCCCCCUCCCCCUUUUCCUUGAUGACGUCCAUUUUUCAGGUCUGCAUUGAGCAGGUUUUGUAUUCUGGUUAUACUUUGCCUUAGUGGCUUUUUUCAGGGGGCAAAACACCUUUUUGAAUUCCAGUGACAGUCAGCUCUGAUUUGCUAGUCUUGAACUGGCCUUACUUCCCAGUGCAAAGCCAUUUUGAAACUCUUCAUCAUCAUGCCAUUUAGACAGGCAACCAGGCUUUGUAACAGUCCUUUUUACUAAUAUAUUGGCUUUUCAUCAGCAAAAGGGAGGGGUGGGGAUGGGCCAGAAGUAGGCUUUGGGGUGGGGGAGUACAAAACAAAACUUGCAGUUGAGUGUUAGUGUGGAAAGAUAGUCUUAUUUCUCCCAAUAUGGGGUACAACACUGUGAAAUUCAAUCCUCAACAGAAAGCCCUGCAAUUUCCCUCCUAGAACUAUUCUUUGGUUUAAAACCUUGCUUUUUUUUUUAAUUCAAGUUUUAAACUAGUGUCAGAAAACUUAAAAACCUUUUAAAAAUUAAAAUUAAAAGCUUGUCUUUACUCUUCAGCCUUGUUUUAUGGCCAUUUGACACAUGGUUGUCUGUUGUAAUGCAUACUUUUGAUACCAUUUCUAAUGUGUAAAAUGGUUGUCUUGUAAAUAUCUUAUAAAAAGUUCAAUUUGUAAAUAAAAACUAUUGUGGCUGUUAAUUUUUUUUUGAAUUUCUGCUUCAGUUUGUUAGAUUUAACAGUGUUAAUGGGGAGUAUUAAACAAUUCUGCUUGUAUGUUUAAAGAAUUGAAACCAAUUUUUUUACAAUAAAAUAGAAAAAAUAUAAA